CCGGAAGAAGGCCUCAGAGGCGCGCUGUUGCCAUGGCACCCGGGUGCUGGGUGCUUCAGGAGCAGGCCCCGGGGUGUCACCGUUGCCUCGUUGUCAGAGCUUAGAAAAGGAGAAGAGAGCUCCUGCGGCCAUCUCUGUGACCCCAGCCGCUGCAUCUUCCACAGCAUUAUUCAUUGAUAAGUGGAAAAAUGGAUGAAGAUAAAGAUAUUGAUUCAAAAGAGAGUGGAGAAUAUGAAGAUGACUUUGAAAAGGACUUGGAGUGGUUGAUCAAUGAUAAAGAAAAAAGUAAUGGCAGCACAAUAGAGAUGGCUUGCAAGAAGGAAGAUGAUCUUGACCAGGUAUUAAAAGAGAAUGAAACAGAAACAGAACUUGGCCAACAGCUCUCUGAUCCAGAUAACUCUCCAAAGGAUGAGGCCUUGCCCAGAAGGAAUGAUUUCAUUUCUGUCCCAAGUAUUCAGCCGUUGGAUCCCAUAUCAGACUCAGACAGUGAGAACUCCUUCCAGGAUUCCAAACCAGAAAACCAGAAAGACCUGGAGGAUGAAGAGGAUGAGGAAGUAAGGAGAUACAUUAUGGAGAAAAUUAUAGAGGCUAACAAGCUUCUUCAGACUCAAGAGCCUGUGAAUGAUAAGAGGGAGCGAAAACUGAAGUUCAAAGACAAAUUGGUUGAUCUGGAAGUCCCACCAUUAGAAGACAGUGAUACUUGUAAAGCUCUCUUAGAAAACGAGACCAAUAUGUCUGGGAAACUGUCCCAGUUAUGUAUUUCUGGUGACUUAGAACAAGAGAGUGUUCUCGUGUCAGUUACCGAUGGCAGCUGUGAAGAAAACGAUAGGAAGAUACUGGUGGAGAGAGAUGGAAAGUUUGAACUUAUGAAUCUGCAGGACAUUGAGAGUCAGGGCUUUCUGCCCCCCAUUAGCAGCGCUAAUAGUGUGGAACAUGAAUCCUCCCAGUUGCCGCUCAGGGCUCCCAACCCGUCUGUUGGUGGGAUCAAGAAAGAAGAGUCUGAAGCAAAGGGUCAUGUCUUGCCUAUCUCUCCAGCAGGAGAGCCAUUGGCUCAGGUCCCUCAGCUACUCCCCAACCCCAAGAAUCGUCCAAGCUCUGCUGCCAACCCAGAUGUAACUAAAAAAGCCAGGAGGUCCAAUCACAGGAUACAGUCAGCAGGAGUCUCUCCAGUGACCUCAACAUACUGUCUUUCACCACGACAGAAGGAACUCCAAAAACAGCUGGAACGAAAGCGUGAAAAGCUCAAGAGGGAGGAAGAACAGCGCAAACUGGAGGAAGAGAAUGAGAAGAAAAAGGAGAAUGAGAUGGUGUUUAAAGCAUGGCUGCAGAAGAAAAGAGAGCAGGUCAUAGAAAUGCGGAGAGUUCAGCGGGCAAAGCAGAUCGAAGACAUGAGCAGCAGACAAGUGAACAGAGACCCACAGCAAGCUUUUCGGUUAUGGCUUAAGAAAAAGCAUGAGGAGCAGAUGAAAGAAAGGAAGACAGAAGAACUCAGAAAGCAAGAGGAGUGUUUGUUCUUCCUGAGGGGAACAGAGGGCCGCGAGAGAGCCUUUCGACAAUGGCUCAGAAGGAAACAGAUCGAGAAGAUAGCCGAGCAGCAGGCUGUCAAAGAGAGAGCCAGGCAGCUCCGGCUCGAAGCCCGCCGCUCCAAACAGCUACAGAGCAGCCUGUACAGCAUACCCGAAGCCAAGGCUUUCCGCUUCACCGACCACUACAACUGAAGCCACCCGGGAAAGACUACAUGUGAAGCCGCUGGCACCAGGAUGUUGUGUGUUGUUCCCCAGGGGCCCCAUGUCUCGGCGUCACUACAGAUUGUGGGAGUAGGAUUUGCCUUUUGGUGAUGCUGGAUUUAUGUUGUUUUCGCACAAACACAAAAUAAAUGUCUCUCACAGUGUUGAA